AACAGUUUUUGAACAUUAAACCUCAUUCACCUGAUAAAAUAUAGUUUGAGCACAAAUGUUCCAUGAUGAGCCUACCCGCAUAUUGCUGAAAUUUCUCUCUAUGACGCAGUGGUAUACAAAGUACAGAAGUGUAAAAUGAUGACGUUAGAGAGAUUUGGGAACACACUUUAUCAUAUUUAAAGAGUGGAGAACUUGAUAAUAAUUAAGUCGAUUUUAACUAACUGCUUUCCCCACAUACCUUUGGACAUAGCUAUCAUAUCAAUCGUAUCUUUAAUCAUGUGUGACAAUUUGAUAGAACAUUAAAUAUAAGAGAACUAAGGAAAUUGCAACGAUAUUAUAUACACGUAUCAGUUAUAAUUCCAUAAAGGUGUUGACACAAGUAUGAUGCACGUGGGCGCCCUGUAAUCCGGUUUCGGUAAUGGUUUCAGUACGCCUUCAUUUAGUUUCAAAGCAUGUUUAUCAUUUCUCAUUAACGAUCUUAAAAAACAAACGUGAAAGUUGCUGAAAGGAUACUGUCAUCUGAAUAAAAUAGAAAUAACUACAGUAUCAUAUUCGAAACUGAUUCAACUACUAUGUCUGGGAAACAUCUCGACCCAUUGGAGAAUAAAAACACGUCAUUGUUGCAAACAAAUCCAACAGGAGUACAAAGAAGAAUAACCAAGGACUGUCGAUGGAGCAAAUACCAAACAUUUAUAUUGUGUGUAAUAUGUUGCCUAUUUGCUAAUGCUGUAAUUUCUGGGGGAGAUGCUGCAAUAGUAGACCGAAAUGGGCGUAAACAACCAGUACGCGCAUCAAAUGUGGUUGAAGUGAAAUAUUCUGGUGAAGAACCCGUCUUAGUCAAAAUAGAUGGAAAGAACCAUCAACAACCAAAAGCAGAAAUUCACUCUCCAGGAGGUGGUAAAAGUAACCAUGGACGAUUACUACAUGUGAAGAAGAAUGACCAUACAUCAUCUCGAAAUACCAUUUCGACAAAACCUUUUUUAUGCAGGGUGUUUCCCUAUGUUUUGCCAAAUUUAUGUAACUAUCGAAUUUAGCAAUGAGACAAGACAAAAUAAUAUCGUUGACGACCCACGGGGUCAUAAGGGCCAAUAUUGGAUUGACGUUUAUAAUAAUGGACUUAAUCCUCAGACCAGAUCAAAAAUGAAUGUACAUAAUGUCAAUCUUUAAGCAUACAGAAUAUAAACACAUGUAUCACGAUUCACUAACAAUCUUUUUCAGAAUAGAUGGAUGCGAGUUACCCUUUUAUAUAUUACUUAUCCCAUCGUCGUUC